AUGGCGGGGGGUCGCUGCAGGGCCUGUUGUGGCGGGAGCGCUGAGGAGAACCAGGAGCCCCGGACUAGUGGAAGUGUUAAAGACACCUUUGUUGGAGCCAGAAAUGGACAAUACAGGCUUUUAAAAAUAGUCAUUGACAAUGAGCAGCUUAUUGUGGGAUCCUCGAGGCAGCCAGCUGGAUCAUGGGAAAAGGAUUAUGAUGCCUUUGUCCUUCCCCUUCUUGAAGACAAGCAACCAUGUUAUAUAUUAUACAGAUUAGAUUCUCAGAAUGCUCAAGGAUAUGAAUGGAUCUUCAUUGCAUGGUCACCUGAUCACUCUCCUGUUCGUCAAAAAAUGUUGUAUGCAGCAACUCGAGCAACACUUAAGAAAGAAUUUGGAGGUGGUCAUAUUAAGGAUGAAGUGUUUGGAACCGUACAGGAUGAUGUUUCGCUGAACGGGUAUAAAAAAUAUUUGAUAUCACAGUCUUCCCCUGCACCUCUGACUGCAGCAGAAGAGGAACUUCGACAAAUUAAGAUUAAUGAGGUACAGACGGAUGUUGGUGUAGAUACCAAACACCAAACAUUGCAAGGAGUAGCAUUCCCCAUUGCUAAAGAAGCUAUUCAGGCUUUGGAGAAAUUGAAAAAUAAGAAACUGAAUUAUGUACAACUGCAAAUUGAUAUGAAAAAUGAAACUAUUGUUUUGGCCAACACACUUCAUACUGAACUUAAGGACUUGCCAAAAAGAAUUCCAAAGGAUGCUGCGCGUUACCACUUUUUCCUGUACAAGCAUGCCCAUGAAGGAGACUAUUUGGAAUCCAUAGUUUUCAUCUACUCUAUGCCAGGGUAUACCUGUAGUAUACGAGAACGAAUGCUCUACUCCAGUUGCAAAAGUCCACUGUUAGAAAUUGUAGAAGGACAGUUGUGGAUGCAGAUAAUUAGAAAGAUCGAAAUAGAUAAUGGUGAUGAGCUAACUGCUGACUUUCUCUAUGAAGAGGUUCAUCCAAAACAACACGCUCACAAACAAAGUUUUGCUAAACCAAGAGGUCCUGCAGGGAAGAGGGGAAUACGAAGACUGAUUAGAGGUCCAGCAGAGACUGAAACGCCCAGUGAUUAG